AUGCUCAAAGUUCUGAUAAGACAACCAGCAAGGAGAGCGGGCUGCCUUUUCAGUUCAGAGAUCAGCUCAACAAAUUGCAGAUACCAAAGUAAUGUCAAAAAAUUUACACAGAAGCCAAACAUCAAAAUCAGACGCCCCAGAACAGCCAAGCAGCUUGCUCAAGAGAAGUUUGAAGAGCAUUUGAAUUCGAAAAAUCGAUUCAUUCGAUGGGGUGCAAUAGCAAGAUCGGAGAGUUUCAGCAAAGGUCUAACAAAGUAUCUCAUUGCGUCGUACAUCCUAUUCCUUGUGUACGGGAUUUAUUUCAUGAAGAAACUAUAUGCUAAAGAAAAGGAGUUGGAAAGGUUGGAGGAAAAGAGUAAAAGUGGUGAAGCCAACGAAUACGAACUUUUAAGAAUUAAACAAUUGAGAGGUAAAUUGAGAAGGAGAGAUGAAUUAAAACUAGCCAGUUACGAGAAAAUGCGAGAGAACGGGACAGAUAGUUUUGACGGCAUCACUCUCGAUAAUAAUGACCAGAACAAAUUGAAUGAGAAUAUUCUGCCGGCAAGGGAUACUACGGAGUUUUACGAAGGUAAAGCUGAGGAAUACGAUAAAGGAGUGAAUUUUGAGGAAAAGAUUAUUUUCAUGGGCAGCAGACGUAAGUGGUUGAUGCGACACUGUGAAGGUGAUGUAUUAGAGGUUGCCUCUGGUACUGGCAGGAAUCUCAAAUAUUUGGAUGCAAAUCACAUUAAUUCAAUAACAUUUCUGGAUUCAUCGGAAAAGAUGAUGGAGAUUACUUAUAAAAAAUUCAAGAAGAUGUAUCCCAGCUUCAAAAAGGCAGCAUUUGUAGUCGGUAAAGCUGAAAAUCUCGUUGAUUUAGCCAAGGCAAAUGUUCCUGCAAAUGAUGAUAAACAUUCGAUGGAAGAGAUUACUAGUGUCAAAAGUGAUACAACGAAGGUCAAAUAUGAUACUAUAAUUGAAACCUUCGGUUUAUGUUCACAUUAUGAUCCUGUUCAAUCUCUGAAAAACUUUGCAGCAUUACUGAAGCCGGAAGGAAGAAUAAUAUUAUUAGAACACGGAAGGGGAACUUACGAGUUCGUAAACAAAAUUUUAGAUGAUAGAGCUGAGAAACGUUUGAAGACCUGGGGGUGUAGAUGGAAUCUAGACAUUGGUGAAAUUCUAGAUGACUCCGAGUUAGAGAUCGUUGAUGAAAGUAGAGCACAUUUUGGAACCACUUGGUGUAUUGUAGCGAAGAAAAAAGGUUCAAUCAAGAAGAAAGAAGAGGUUGGAUUCUUUGAAAAGUAUUUCGGCUCCUCUAUCAAGAAAAAAUUAGAAUCGAUGGAUGCUCCCUCCACGCAAACUCCUACAGAAGGAAAAAAAUGA